GUCGUCCACUGAUGCUGCCUUCGACCUGGCCCUCGAGAAGGAGACGGCCCACCUCACGGGCGACCACGCCCUGAUCGUGCUGCUGGACAUGCUCAAGUGCUACGAGAUGGUUCGGCACCAGGCGCUGCUCGAUGAGUGCAGGGCCAACCAGUAUCCCAUGAGGCUGGCGUACAUGCUCGUGCUGCUCUACCAGCAGGAGCGCACGAUCUUCGCUUACAACUCUUUCUCGGAGGCGAAGCAGGCCUGCCAGGGCAUCCUGGCUGGGUGCACUCAUGCCACGACGCUGCUGAUGGUACUGUUGACACGUGCUCUACGCAUGACUGCUCGGAUCGCGCCUGAGGUCCGACCACGUGACUUGGUGGACGACGUGGCACUGUCCUGGACGGGUGCCGAUGCCCGAGGUGCCCGCAUGCUGGCGUCCGCCACGCGAGUGUUCUGCGAGGCGGUCAAACCACUCGGUCUUCUGCUGCAGCUGGACAAGUCUGGGCACCUGGCAGUCACGCGGCAGUCGAAGUAUCAUUUUCGCCAGUUUGCCAAGAUGCUCAAGAUUGGAGGCAAGCGUCACAUGCGCUACCUGGGCCACGACCUCGCCGCCAGUGCUGCCGUGCGCAAUGUCCAGAAGGACCGCCUCGAGAAGAUGGAUGCUCGGCGUCCUCGGCUGAAGGCGUUGCAGAAGGGUGCUGGACGUUGGCGCUCGGCGCGCCUUUGGACUACGGGCGCGCUGCCGUCGGUCGGCCACGGAGCGGCGGUCAGCGGCAUCAACGACGGCGAGCUGAAGCAGAUGCGCAGUGUUGCUGGCAGUUUCUGUGGCUUCAGUGGCAGCGGCUCUCUUACUCUGUACCUGGCGGUUCAGAAGCAGCGCAAUUUCGACCCGAUCUACCAUGCCACCUGCAGCCUGUUGCAGCAGUACUCUGCCUGGGUGUGGGCAGCGUGCGGCUCUCUCGCCAGGUUGCAGAGGGCCUGGAUGGCGCUGAAGGACCAGUUCGAGGCUGCUCGCGGCGCGGUCACUUGGGCCAGCGCUCGAGGUCCGAUCUCGGCCCUCUGGCUGACUCUGCGCAGGGUCGGGUGGGACAUGGCCAGUGCCACGGUCCGCGUGGACGACACGGGCGUUGGCAUCGACUUGCUCAGGGUUAGUCCCAGCGAAGUGCUGCACUACAUGUACCUGAGCCUCGAGCGCUGGCAAAGUGCGUUGGCCAAGCUCCAGUCAGAUGGCACGUGGACGCCCGCUCGUAGGUGCGAGGCGGGUUGCACGGACAAUGCUGUAUGUGGUUUCUGCGGCCACUCGCCUGCGGACCUCGAGCACGAGAUGUUCUUCUGCUCGGUGCACGAGGCGCAGGAGGGCGAGGAGCAGGGCCCAUACCCUGACGACGUGCUGCAGGUCAGGAAAGACAUCUGGGAGCAGGGCCAGACGGGUGCCGGCGCCGAGUGGGACCUCGCCACGGUCGACCUGCUCUACGCGCUGCCGAUGCGCCCUGAGUUUCGGCCUCCUGAGCCCAGCCUGCUGCCUGUCAAAGAGUGGGGG